AUGGCUUUUGAAAUCCAACAUUGGUCUCAAAGGACUAUAGGAGCACCAACGGAGGGAAAGGUAAGGGUGCUUCCGACUCGCCCGUUUCGCAUCCUAGAUGCGCCAUUCCUGCGAGAUGACUUCUACUGCACCACCCUGGCGUAUUCGUCGACCACUGAGGCUCUCGCAGUCGGCUUAAACCAUCGCGUCUAUCUCUGGUCUGAGGCCUAUGGCGUACAGAAUCCACCCCUCGAGCCUCAGCACCCUUCAAAUUAUGUGACUUCCUUGGCGUUCUCCUCUGAAAAUGGCGGUAAAGGCAUUCUGGCCGUGGGUCGACAUUCAGGGACAUUAUGUCUCUGGAGCGCUUAUGACAAGGAAGCGCGGUUCGUGCUUAGCCAACCGGAUAUGAUCACAUGCGUAGCAUUCAAGCAGACCAAAACACGCCGGCUGUCAGAGCGUUUCCGGAAUCUCGAGGUAGAUACAGAGGAUCUAGCCGUUGGCGAUGAUGCUGGCAAUAUCUGGUACUACUCAGUCGAGUGGCCAGACAGUCAAACUCGGGACCACUAUCGCUGGCCGGGAACGAUGGUCCUGCUUGCUAAAGUCGCCGCUCACACACAGCAGGUCUGUGGCAUUACUUGGUCACCGGAUGGCAAUAUUCUGGCAACUGGUGGUAAUGACAAUGUGUGUCUGAUCUUUGAACUCCACGAUAUCAUUCCCGCUCCAGACCUAGGCGCCACGGCAGACAUCCCAGGCGCCUUCCCUUCGUCGGCUUCAGAUGUCAGCCAUCACCUUUUGAUCAGGUACCCCCUCGUCUGCCACUUGCCUCCGGUAUGGGCCUAUUCUCAUCAAUCCGAGCCGUUGUCCACCUCCCUCCUCGUUCUGGUCGGGUCUGUUGUUAAUGGGGGUUGUCGCACAACAUUGGUCGGGCCCAAUCGACAGAAACAUAGGCUGGUUCACUCCGCAGCCGUGAAGGCGAUUGCAUUCGCACCCUGGCAGUCAUCUCUUCUAGCCACCGGCGGCGGUUCAAACGACCGAGCCAUCCAUUUUUAUCACGCACCCUCCGGGGCGUGUCUGGCUACUAUUAAUGUAUUUGCUCAAGUGACGAGUCUUAUUUGGAGCCAGACCCGCCGAGAACUUGCCGCGACCUUUGGGUUUGCACAGCCCGAGCAUCCGUUCCGAAUCGCGGUCUUUGCGUGGCCAAGUUGCGAGCAAAUUGCGGCAAUUCCCUGGGGGCCAUAUGGGAGUAGCUGGGAUGGACCGGAGAAUGGGGCCCAUGGCGAUUGUGGUCGAGCUCUCUGCGCAGUUAGCUACCCUGGGCGGUCGCCUCCUCGAGAAUUCGGGGGGCUUGAACACUCUAGAGAUUCUUCAUCAUCUAAAGGACAAGGCCGCCGACCCCCGCGAAGGGCACGAAAUGCCCGGCGUACGCGCAUCGAUCAACGGGCAGCCGUGCAACCUCGAGCGAAGGAAGGGGGUCUGUGGUGCUCGCGUACAAUGGAUGAGGGGUGUAUAAUCGUGGCGUCCAGCGACGAGAGCGUGAAAUUCCACGAAGUCUGGAGCAACUCAGCGAAAAGACCAGCAGCGGUAUUGGAGCCGGACGGAGGUGGGAUUUUCGACGGACUGGAAGGAUUGGAGAAGCCAGGCAGCGAAAUCAUCCGGUAG